CUUGUGUUGUCUUUUUAAUACAAUCGAAGAAGACAACCAGUCAAAUUCUUUUAAAUUCAUCCUAGUCACUAAAUAAAUUCUUGGAACAUGGUAGGAAAACUCGUAUUAUUAGGGCUUGCUGCCCUUUUAGUCUGUGCACAAGCAUCUUGUCCAACAUGCGGUAAUUUGGGCGGUGGUACCGAUGUUUGUGGAUGUCAAGUGAAUGUUGUACGUCCAGUACGACCACAAAGAAUUCAACCAUCACCACCACGUGUGAUCUGCACUAAAGUACCCGGUGUUGAAAAAUUCCGUCCAAUUGGAGAUGUUUGCUCAUGUGGUAACAGUAUUGUAUCACCAGCAUACGUGCCAAAACAACGAUGCAACUCAUGCCAACAACGUUAUCAACAACAAAUCCAAUCAUACAGUUCUCCAUUACCUUAUGCAUUAGACUACUCUUUACCAAUCCCAGCUCCACCAUCUCUAAACAAUUUCGAACCAGAAGAAACCGGUAGUGAAUACGAUUACUUGAAUGGUGGUAGCUACGCCGCUACAUACGGUAGCGGUUCUUCAUCAAGCAACAUUGCCAACGAUGAUGCAUUCAAUAACUUCUAUUCACCACAACAACCUUUGGCACCAGCUGAUGCUGUUUCCCUAACUUUGGCAUACGGUUUACAACAACAAGCCGCACGUAGUGUACCAGAAGAACGUUUACAAUUCGGUUUCCGUCAAAUCCCCAAGGAUUCACCAAUCCAAAAACAAACUGUUGACAUUCCAGAAGAACGUUUAUUCACUGUUGACCGACAAAUCGUUGAAUUGAAACCAAAUGUACGUGCUUAUGGAUGUGGUGCUGGAAGUCAAUUGGAAGAAGAAGCUGCUGAAGAUUUAUUACAAAUCCAACAAGAUGAAUUAGAAGCUAACGACCAAAGCUUGUCUGCUAACCAAGCUUACUUGAGCUACAGAGAUAUUGGAUACGUUCCAGAAUCACUCAGCCAAAACCGUAAUCAAUAUAUCGUCAACCAAGCUGUCCAAAGUGCUCAAUACGAUGAUUUACCAUCCAGCCCAGUUGUAUUACGCAACGAUGGAUUCGUACCUGGUGCAGUCAUCAACAGAAAUCAACAAUUAGAAUACUUAGAAGAUGCUGAUGUAAGUGCAGCUUAUGGAAGUGAUGAAGAUGUUGAAGAUAUUGGUUACAGCGUGUACAGCAGCGGUUCCAACGGUUACAGUGGAAGUUAUGGUGGCUCAUAUGGACCAAAUAGUUACUCAGCCAAUGCAGGUACCAGUGGUAUUUUGGUACAAAAAUUAAGCGGUGGAUGUUCUGGAAACUAAGAAUUUGUGAUUGAUGGAUUUAUUGUUCACAUACUUUUUUUUUUAUUGUUGUUUAGAAAAUUUUACUGUGUCAUUUGUUGUUAUAUUUGUUUUUUGUUGCAAAAUUAUUAAAAAAAACACGUUUUAAAAAAAAA